AUGGCUCGAAGCUAUGGCUCUUCCCGUUACGGCGGGCUCCCGUCCUGCAGCGCAUAUGCCUUUCAGAUGGACGCUCCUCGCAUCGACAUCGCCUUUGCGGCACUGUACUUUAUUGUGACGUUGGUGCUCUUGAUUUUCGCCUCGGUGCGCAUCCGACGGAGCAAGAAACAAGGCCAGCAUGUCGCCGGCGCUGGCUUCCUCAACCUGUCAAUCAUCUUCGCCUGGUUCGCCUAUAUCGUCACUAUCGUUUACACCGUUCUUACCGAAUGCGACGUCUACAGCUAUCGCCACUUGUACCAUGCGUCCGUGCUUGAGCUCUGGCUCCGCGCCGUCUCUGAGUACCUGUUCCUCGCGGCCAUCCUGAUCUACCUCACGCGCAAGCUGCAGACAGAUUUCGGGCUAGUGCAGCCGGCCAUUCUCACCGCGCAGAAAAUCUGGGCCGUCCUGAUCGGUCUCGUCCUCAUCGUAGUCCUUAGCAUCAGCACCGCCUCGUACCACUACUUAUACAAAGAUAGCUACUCUUACGACACAUAUAUAGACCUGGCAGAGCCCCAGCGCGCGGUCCGGUUAACGUACCACUGUAUCGCUGCAGCGGGGAUGUUGCUUGCGUCCGCGACGCUAGGGAAAACGCUCUCGCAGGCGCCGGGCGGCUUGCGCUCAAGGGAAUCUAACGAAGAGCAGGGAAUCACUGUUAGCAUCAUCCUUCUCGUCAUCGGCGCUCUCGGCUUGACCCUCACGAACUUGGGCAACUACGUUCAAAACGCAUUCACAUACUCCGAACGGUCUAUGCUGUACGAGUCUUCCGAGUACAAAGAGUACCUGGCCAAGUACGAGGCGGCCAGCUUCCUGUCGUCGUUAUUUUACUGCAUGGCCUUUUAUGCUGCCGUCAGGGUGGCCAGUCAGCGUGUCAACGCAGCUGAUACGAUGUCUGCGUAUGCGCCUCCGCCCCCGCCCCCGCAGCCUCCGAUGACAUUCAUGACGGGGAACGAAGGCUAUCAUAACUCGGGGCCAGCUUAUUAUCAUAACCUGGGGCAGGAGCAGGGGUACGGGAGAAAUCCAGAGUAUGUGCGGUAG